AUGAAUGAUUUUGGCUUGAUACUAAUCAGCCUCAUAUUGUGCACCACCACUAUCUCCAGUCUUCAGUGUAAUCAUCUUCCUUUACAGCAAAGAAAAGUGAUUGAGAACAGCUUGCAACUUUUGGACAAAAUGGGCAAAAAGUUUCCUCAGCAAUGUCUAAGAGAGAAAAUGUCCUUCCGAUUUCCUGAGCAGGUUCUAAAGCUGGGACAGAGAGAAGCUGUCAAAAUGGCCAUUGAAGAAAUCUUCCAUCAUAUCUUCUAUAUCUUUAGCAAAAAUCUGACUCUAGCUGCUUGGGAUGGGACAGCUCUAGAACAAUUCCAAAAUGGACUUUAUCAGCAAAUUGAGCAGUUGGAGACAUGUGUAAUCAAGAAGCAAACCCACUAUUUCCAGAAUAAAGAAGUCAACAGGCUGAAACUGAAAAAGUACUUCCAAAAAAUAGACUGUUUUCUUAAAGACAAACGACACAACCUGUGCUCCUGGGAGAUCAGCCGUGCAGAAAUGAGGAGAUGUCUUCAGUUGAUAGAUAAGGUCGUAAGGAGGCUUAACAACUAA